AUGGAGAAAACCCGCAUCCUCACCACAAAGCUCGGCCGCAUCACCGGCGCCGUCCUCGACAACGUCGUCCAAUACCGCGGCAUCCCAUACGCGCGCAUCCCCGGGCGCUUCAAGGACCCCGUGGGGCCCGUGACGCAUCUUGGCGAUUUCGACGCGACGAAAUGGGGGCCGAUGGCGGUGCAGCAGCCCGACGCAGAAGAAGUCGACGCACGCGUGCUGAACCACAAACUCACGCCAAUGCCGGCAGAGCGGAAGACCAUGUCUGAGCUUGAAUGCGCGAACCUGGUGGUUGUAACGCCAUACACGUCCGUGCACGCGGAGGAGCGGGAGAAGGAUAACCUGUCGCCGACGACGGUGCUGUUGCCGACGAUUGUGUGGGUGCAUGGCGGGGCGAACCGCAUUGGGAGUGCGAACUUUGUGGGGUAUGAUAUGAGGCGGUUUGUGAAGCACAGUAUCGAUGUGGUGGGGAGGCCGGUGGUGGUGGUGAGUCUGAAUUAUAGACUGGGCACGUUGGGGUAUUUGGCGUGUGGGGAGGUGGGGGCGGGGGGGAAUUAUGGGUUGAAGGAUCAGGUGGUGGGGUUGAGAUGGGUUAAGGAACAUAUCCAGCAGUUUGGCGGUGACCCCGAUAAUAUCACCUUCAUGGGCGAGAGCGCCGGCGGGAUCGCUGGGUCACUGCACCUAUACUCCAAAGUGCCGCUGUUCAAGCGGGCCAUCCUGCUCUCAGGUCUCGCUGGACUGCUUCCGCCGCGGCCGCUGGACGCACAGGAGCUGAUAUACCUCAAGACCUGCGAGAAGCUCGACUUUGCCAAUCUCCCGCCGCUGCAGCGGGCGGAGCGUAUGCUCACCAUCCCAGCUGUCGAGCUCGCAAAGAUCGCGUUCGAGGUCGAGAUAUGCCCGACUAGUGACGGCGAGUUUAUCCCCACCAAGGACUGGAUCCGCCACGAGAACUUCAAGCCUCUCCCGGACUGGUGUGACAGCCUCGUGAUUGGCUCCUGCAAAGACGAAUGGGGCGUGAUGCAGCAAGGCGGGGCCAUCAAGGACUACUCCAACCCCCUCCGCACCUUCAAGCGCCGCAUCUCCCGCCAGCUCACCCCCGAGCAGACCUCGUCGCUCCUCUCCCACUUCCGCCUCUCGCCCAGCGACCCGCGCGACACAACGAUCGAGAAGCUCUACGUCCUCAUCGCCGACUACGGCUUUCGCCUCCCGGCAUACAUGUUCACCCGGUACUGGACCGGGCACCCGCAGAAGGAGGCAUAUUUCGCGCAGUUUGCGGUGCCGACGCCGCUGGAGGGGCCGAAUAGGGGCCGCGCGCACCAUGGCGUGGAUGUCGUCUUCUCGUUCUUGAACCAGCAUGAUGAGCUACCGGAGACGGGGGGGUACCGUGAGUUGGAGGGGGAGGUGGCGGCGGCGUGGUGUAGGUAUGUGUAUGGCGAGGCGCCGUGGGGGGCGUAUGAUGAGGAGGGAGGGAAGGUUGUGAGGGUGUUUGAUGUGGGGGGACGCGGCGGAGAGAGGAGGUUGGAUGAGUGGGGGAGGGGUGAAUGGGAGGCUUGGAAGGUUAUGGAGGAGGCGGGGGUUGAUAGGGUGUGGGAGAUGGGGCAGGCGUUCCUGGCGGGCCCGGGAGAGGAGGGGGAGGAGGAUUGA